CCUCCCUCUCUCUCUCUCUCUCUCUCUCUCCAUCCUCCCCCUUUUUCUUUCCCAUGUGCUCUUUUUCCUCUCCUUAUAGCAACAGGUCGUCCUCUCAUUAUCCUAUUUGUCUCCGACCCCUCUCAACCCUAAUCUCUCCCUCCGAAAGCUCUCCGCGCACUUCCCUUAAAAGAACCGUCGGUGGUCCUCCAUGUCUCCACCCUCCUUCUAACAUAUAGAAAGAGUGGCCCAAAUCAGGUUUUUUUUUCUAGGAGGAAAAUGAUGCAGAGCGAUCAAGGACUAGGGAUGGAGAUGGCCGGGGGAGGAGGAGGAGAGUGUUCGUCGUCGGUCAUGGCAGCGGCCGAGGAGGAGCACAGAGGGAUCGACGCGCAGCUGGCGAAUUCCCACCACCUGUUGCGGUCGUACGCAGCGCAUCACCGCGCUAUCCUCUCGCCUCAGGACAAACAGGAGCUCGACUCGUUCCUCGCGCAGUAUUUGUUUGUGCUGUGCUCGUUCCGCGAGCAGUUGCAGCAGCACGUCCGUAUUCACGCCGUAGAAGCUGUGAUGGCUUGCAGGGAGAUCGAGCAGUCCUUCCAAGAAAUCACUGGUGCGACUCUUGACGAAGGAACAGGAGCAACAAUGUCAGACGACGAAGACGAGUUUCACCCGGAAAUACCUCUUGACAUGGGGUUCGAUGGGAACGAUAUGAUGGGAUUCGGUCCUCUUCUUCCCACUGAAUCCGAGCGAUCCUUGAUGGAGAGAGUCAGACAAGAGCUCAAGAUUGAACUUAAACAGGGAUUUAGGUCGAGGAUAGAAGAUGUGAGAGAGGAGAUACUAAGGAAGAGGAGGGCGGGAAAGUUGCCGGGAGAUACCACCUCUGUGUUGAAGCAAUGGUGGCUACAACAUUCCAAGUGGCCGUACCCUACAGAGGAUGACAAAGCGAAACUUGUGGAGGAGACUGGUUUGCAGCUGAAACAAAUCAACAACUGGUUUAUAAACCAACGAAAACGCAACUGGCAUAACAAUUCACAAUCAGCAACAACUUUGAAGUCCAAGCGCAAAAGGUAAGAGAUGCUACUGAUUGCGGAACACUCAAAUCAACACGGCCGCAGAGG